CAUAGUUGAUGUAAAUAACAACGCUCCCCAGUUUCUAAAUGUCACAGAGAUUUCUGCUUCUGUUUCGAUACAUGUACAGGAAAACAAUGAACCAAAUAUUACUCUGUACACAAUAAAUGCAAACGACAAGGAUUACGACGCUAACAACUCGGCAAUAGAUUUUUCUUUACCCUCUAGAGCAAAUACAGAUGAUAUGUUUGAUCUGAACGUACCAACAGGAGAAAUGUUGAACCGCUCAGUUGCUGUGUUGAUGCUAAGCACACCCUUAGACCGUGAAGAAAAGGAUCGCUACAUACUAAUUGUCACAGCGUCUGACCGAGGAGAGCCAAAGCUUUCCAGCAAUCUCACUGUAACCAUUAUUGUAGAUGAUCAAAAUGAUAACGCGCCGGUUUUCUUUAAUGGAGAUUCCUUUAACAUUUCAUCAGUUGAAACUCAUAUCGUGGAAAAAUCUCCUGUGGAUUCUGUCAUUGCUCUUAUACGUGCAAAUGACUCUGAUGUUGGGGAAAACGCAAGGUUGUCCUAUUCAAUUGAAAAUACUAGCGGGUCAAAUUAUUUUGAGAUUGACGAAGCGCUAGGUCUGGUUACGAUAAAGAAACAGAUUGUUAUCAACACACUUGUAGAUGAAGGCAUUGUUCAGCCAAAUGACACAAGCAGCAUACUUCUAAACCUUACUGUGAGAGCCACUGACCACGGAAGUCCGAACUGCUCAACAACUUUAAAACUCGUUGUGCACAUUGAACCCAUUAAUGAUAAUUCUCCGGUUUUUGGUACAUGUUCUGAUGAAAUGAACGUUAUGGAAAACAAAAAUGCAACGUUUAUCGGCCGCUGUGAGGCGUAUGUCGAAAAUAGCACCAUCAGCCAUAUGCAUUACACACUUAUCAACAGCUUUGGAACAUUUGAAAUUAACGAAAUGGGAAAUAUAUCUACGACCAUACCGCUGGACAGGGAAACGAAUCAAAUGUACGUGUUAACGGUGCGAGCCACGGACGGUAGAAUUCCGGAGAGAACAGCUUUUACAACGGUGGAAGUGCACGUGGAAGACGAAAAUGACAACUCGCCGGUAUUCUACGACCCUGGGGAGAUAAACAUAACUGUUCCAGAAAACUGUAAUUUUAGCGAAUGGUUCAAUGUCAGCGCCUAUGACAGAGACACGGGAGCAAACGGUGACGUCACGUACGUCUUGUCGAGUGAAAGCGACGACGUUUUUAGCCUAAGUAAUACCGGUGGCCUAACUAUACUUCGAACGUUUGAUUAUGAAAAUAUUUCAAGCUACACAGCAAAUAUAACGGUAAGCGAUUCCGUUCAUGAAAUUACUAAGCGAGUGACUGUUUGUAUUAAAGACCUCAAUGACAAUGCGCCCGCUUUUCAAGAUAAAAUUGGUGAAAUGGUUGAAGUGUCAGAAAACGCUACUUUAGGACAAGAGAUAUUUCAAGUCCAUGCAAACGACACUGACUCUGGCUGGAACGGAGUAGUUUUCUACAAAAUAUUAAAUACCGACCCAGUAUCUCCCUUCUUUAUUGACGCCAUCAGUGGUGUUGUGCGACUUGACGGACAAUUGAACUUUGAACAAAGGUCUUUAUAUUCGCUUGAAAUACAGGCUUACGACGGUGGGGACCCAUCAUUGAACAGCAACAGAACAAUAACUGUAAACAUCACGGACGUUUAUGAUGAUACUCCACAAUUUGACCAUUUUCUAUAUGAAACAAGCAUUGAAUGGUCGGCUCCUGUGAACAUGUCCGUGAUCAACCUUAACUGCACAGGGGCAGUUGUCACUUACAACUUAACAGGUGGAGACAUUGACAAGUUCAGAGUUGACCCAUUGUCUGGAGAAAUUGUGGUCGCAGGUACCCUGGAAAAAACAAACGAUCGGUAUUUCUUGACAGUAACGGCAAGUGACAGGGUUAACAAGACUGCAACAUGCCAGGUUCUGAUAAAGGUUAGAGGUCACGACGUAAUGUUUUCCUCAUCCAAUCUUACUGCUGAGGUCUUAGAAAAUAUAACUUCUAGAACCCUCGUCGCUGAUUUGAAUACUACUGCAGAACUGAGGGGGGAGCAUGUCGUUUACAAAAUAGAGAGCAUUGAACCACCAAUUGGAAAGAGUUUGUUCGAAAUUAAUACCACGACCGGGGAGGUAUUUUGUAACCCUGGAGUGGAUAGAGAAACAACUGGACAGUUCGUUCUGUAUAUUCGAGCUGAAUCCCUCCGAGAGAAACGAUCCUUAGCAGGAUCAACGCUCACGUUCAAACUUGUAGUUAACAUAAAAGACGUAAACGACAACAAUCCAAUGUUUAAUCCAACGGCGGUGCGAAACUUCACCGUGCCCCUCAACUCUAGCCCCGGGAAGGUUGUAACUGUUCUUAAGGCCUAUGAUAAUGAUUCCGAGAUAUCUCGUCCAUUCAUUUACCGCCUGACGAGUGGAGACAAUGUCACGUUUUCGGUCAAUGCGAGUACAGGGGCGGUUGUAGUAGAGCAGCCACUUACGAAUUUGGAAAAGAGUCUGUUUUUGUUGACAGUUGAGGCUAAUAAUGGACAACAGCCAAAUGACACUACAAAGAUAAAUAUUUCGAUCAAUGUUGUCGCGGUGGACGACACAGUGAAUAUCACAAUCGGGAUGACUGUAGGCGAAAUACUUGAACGCCAAGAAGAACUCAUACGUCGCAUGAGUGAUAUUCUCGCAGUAAACAUCUCGAUUGAUAGGGUGGAAAAACAUUCAUCUGCAUUAAAUAGUGAAGGCAAUCAUAUGAGCUUUAAAGGCGUUUUCCCAGACAGCUCAGAUAUGCUUAUCCAUGCCCACAUCGACGGUCAACUGGUUCCCAGGAAUGAGCUCCUCGAGUUGUUGCGCCGCCACGCGACCGAGCUGGAGUCCCUAUUUGGGACUCGCGUCAGGCGGUAUGACCCUUCCGCCAUCACCGAGUCGCAGCUUGCCAUCAUCUGCUUCGCAGUUGCAAUAUUUUUCGGAGCUGUCAUAGCGAUCGUCUUUCUCGAACAUUCAUGGAGCAGAAGCCAGCAUGAGUACGAGGAACAUGUCAAGCGCCAGCAGCAGAAGAUUUCAGAAGAGCGGGAAAUGAGCACACUACGUAGUCGGAAGUCGAGUACACUGUCAGCCCAGAAUUUAGCUGAUUCCGCUGCCAAUCAAGCGUGUGCAGAGACAUCAUUUUCUCAAGGAGUGUCGGACAUGGGUAGCGGCAAGAAAGAAGACGUGCAAUACGAGACACAGGAGAUUCGCAUGGAGUUUGGCGAUGAGCCGAUCGACGGGAACCUCCCAGGACCACCCCAAGCAGCGAGCGGCACGAGUAUCGUUGACAGCGGCGUAGCAAACACGUCCAUGCAGUCCGAAGACCCGGAUCAACGUUCUAAUGAAGAUCUUCCCGAAAAUUCAGGCGAUCCGAGCAGUAACGGAGACGAAAAAAAUGAGACUGACCCGGAUCACCUGAGGAUUGGAAGUGGCAUCGGUCCAGUUAUGACGUCCAGUCCGCGUAUCAGCAUGGAUGGUAUCCGCUUCAAGGAGCCCGACUUUACCAUCGAGGCACCCGAGCAUGGCGAUGACGAUGGAAAUGAUGCUUCUUAUACUUAUGUUAAGAAAAAAGCCACAGUUAGGUUUUCUGGGCUAGGCGGUGAAACUGAAACGGACGACGAGCUUUCCGAGGCAAAUGAUACCGAUGACGGUAUUGAGGCAUCUGCGGAAAAGAAAGAAACUAUCGUUAGCGAUAUAAGCGAUGUAACUGUACUGCAGGAGACGAAGACGGAUACAGACACUGAUGAAGAUGAAGAGGAUGUUACAGUGACGCAAUUUUAGUUAAGCUUUAAUAUGAUUACGCUACUCAAAGUGAUUUUAUGUGCAAUACCUGUUAUUUAUUCGGACCAUUUCCAAGUGUGUGUGUGUGUGUGUGCGUGCGUGUGUGCGUGCGUGCGUGCGUGCGUGCAAAUUAUUUCCAUGAGUCCCGAGUGAUAUAUGUAUAUAUGGAAAACAUAGCGCGUAAUCAGAGUUUUUUUAUGAAUGACUGACGUAAUUGACUACGAUAUAAAUUUUGUAAACAUAUACAAUGUUAAAUGAUAUUAUGAUAUUCCAAUAAAUAUCAAUAAUCAGA